CACCAAGACUGACUUUACAACCGCGCCCCCGGCUCAUGCGUCACAGGGAGGAGUUACAGCUGCCAGAUCAGUUGGUAGAUAAAGAGCAGAGCAGCAGAUUUGUUGUGUGUUGCCAGCUCAAGGAGCGUAAAAAGCACUCCCGCUUUUGUCGUUUUUUUUGUCAUUUGUCUUUAGGAUAAAGAUAAGUUUAAGUGGAACUCCGUGCGCGCACAAUGGCUGAGAAGAUUGACAUGGAGGAGGCGAAGGCGUCCAACGGCGAGGCGCUCGCUAACGGCUUGAGCAACCCGAAGAUCAGCAGCCCGGAGCCACUGUCCCAGCGGGUGAAGAGGAUAGUGAAGAACAACCUGCUGGUUAUCCUCACUGUGGCCGGGGUCAUCGUCGGUGUCUUCAUCGGACUCACCGUGCGUAAUGCCACGCUGACCAGGACCCAGAUGAUCUACGUGGGCUUCCCCGGCGAGGUCCUCAUCCGGCUACUGAAGAUGAUCAUAAUCCCGCUGGUUGUGUGCAGUCUGGUGUCCGGGGCCGCCAGCAUCGACCCCAAAGCCCUGGGCAAGCUCGGCGGCUGGGCCAUGCUCUUCUUCCUGGUCACCACAUUGAUCGCCUCGUCCAUUGGUGUCGUGAUGGCGUUCAUCGUGAACCCCGGCGUGGUGGAACGCGGGAAACCAACAAUCCAGGGUCUGUCCGACGACGUGCCCGCUGCUAAAGACGUGAUAGACUCUUUCCUGGACCUCAUCAGGAACAUCUUUCCCUCCAACCUGGUGUCUGCUGCUUUUCAAUCAUAUGGAACCACCUACAAGCCUAUUACGUCGAAUGGCACAGACGGAAACCUCACAGUGGAGACGGUGCCCUUUCCCUCAGACCAGGAUGGCAUGAAUAUUCUUGGUCUGGUGGUGUUUGCCAUAGUGUUUGGUGUGGCUUUAAGAAAGCUGGGAGAAGAAGGCGAGAUCCUCAUCAGGUUCUUCAACUCCUUCAACGAGGCCACUAUGGUGAUAGUCUCCUGGAUCAUGUGGUAUGCACCUAUUGGUAUCAUGUUCCUUGUAGCUGGAAAGAUUGUUGAGAUGGAGAAUGUAGGAAUGCUGUUUGCCAGUCUGGGAAAAUACAUCGCCUGCUGCAUCAUCGGACAUGCCAUCCAUGGACUUUUGAUAAUGCCCGCCAUCUACUUUGUCUUCACGAGAAAAAACCCGUACACCUUCCUCUGGGGCAUAUUCACUGCUCUUGCUACAGCCUUUGGAACGAGUUCAAGCUCUGCCACGCUUCCCCUGAUGAUGAAGUGUGUGGAGGAAAACAACGGCGUGUCCAAGCAAAUCAGCCGCUUUAUCCUGCCCAUCGGAGCGACGGUCAACAUGGACGGAGCCGCCCUCUUCCAGUGUGUGGCCGCGGUUUUCAUAGCGCAGCUAAACAACGUUUCCCUCAACUUCGUCCAAGUCAUUACCAUCCUCGUGACAGCUACAGCGUCCAGUGUUGGAGCCGCAGGUAUACCUGCUGGUGGUGUGCUGACACUCGCUAUCAUCCUGGAGGCUGUGUCUCUGCCCACCAGUGACAUCUCACUCAUCCUGGCUGUAGAUUGGCUCGUUGACCGAACUUGCACCGUGCUGAACGUAGAGGGCGAUGCCUUUGGAGCGGGGCUCCUGCAGUUCUUUGUGGAUCGUCAGGCCAAACAGCAGGAAGGAAACGAGCUGAGCGAGGUGCGGUUGGAGGGUGAGCCAUCGGCGGCUGCACCCGAACACUCGCCGCUCAUUGAGAAACGAGGUGGGGCGGACAGUGGAAAGCCAACGGCGUCUAGUGAAAAAGAGUCCGUCAUGUAAAAUCGGCCGCUGACAUCAUCACUUUGACACUCCUGAGAACUGAAACCCAAGGUUCAGACCCCCCCGAUUUUUAUUUUUUCCCUCCUGUCCUGGAGGAAAGCGGAAACACAACAUGCACUGCACAAUGCAAAGAAAAACACAUAUUAUACACAGUGACUUGGACAGGACAGGAUUGUGCAUUUCUACUUGCUGUCUUGACCCGCAUUGGCGUUGCGUUCGGUUGGUCCUCAUCACUUUUUCAAGUCAGAAUUUGAGCAUUUGACCACGUGUGUGUCUACCAUGUGUUCAUCAGUGACGCGUGUUGCCAGUGGGAUGUCAAAAGGCUGGACCAGUGACUCCUUACAUCGUGCCAGAUCAAUUUUUUACAAAUCUUAAGUUGUGUUACAUACAUCUUUAGUAGAAAUUGGGUUACGUGGAUGCAGUUGCCUAUCUGCCGUUACUGCCUGUUCAUUUUUCCUCCCCAUGAAAAGCACGGUCAAUUCUGACUUCAAAAGAUGAUGAGAACGUUUAGUAAGACAGUUUUUAUAUAUCACCCAUCUGGAAUCUCUUUUUUCUUUUCUCUUUUUUAUACCGUGUUUGAGUAACCAGUAAAACACACCACAUAUGAUGUACACGGUAUCAUCAUACUGUAGAUUUAUUAUGAGCAUAUUUUAUGUAUUUUAUGAUACAGGAAUGUGGCCACUCUCCUACAGAUUUUGUCACGUAUAUGUUCACUGAAACAUUAGCUCAAAGUCUGUAUGAAAGUUGCUGUAGUAAUUUAUGAAAAGUUCUUGGUUGGGGUUAAAAGCUUUUAUUAGUCUCUUAUUGUGACUUUACUUAUUCCAGGCCAGUGGUUGUACACAAUCACUUUCUCAUGGUGAGAAAAAGCAAUACACUUAAGAUUAUAUUUAUACGACAAAGCACACCAAAUAUCCUUAAUGGCAUCCCAAAGAUGAAUGUAGGACUCUUUCUUAAGGACUCGCACAAUUUGAUGUCGGAGCAUUUUCUUCUGCUUCUUCACACAGACAUCAGGUUACAACAUGACCUCAGGUUCACCUCUUGCUUGAAGGCUGUCCUUCAUUUGCUUCUUAAAAUUUAAGGAACCAAAAAAUCCAGCAGGAACAAGGUUGGUUAACUUUGGUUUGACACGGUUUUAAGAAGUGUAACCAAAAUGGCGUUAGGCCGCCUUGUAUGUUUGUCUUUGAAAUGAUCUGUUCAUAAUAAUUUGUAUUUAUUUCUCUAAUCGAAUUCCAAAGAUGUUUUUUGGUCACUGUUGACACAUUAGUAACUGAAAAAGUGUUUUUUUUGGAGUCUUAUAAUGGCCUGUUUUCCCCUCCAUCUUAUUUUUAACGUGUGAGUAAGACAAUAGUCCGAUUGAUUGGACUUCGGCGUUAAAAAAUAUCAAGAUCUCUAAAUUGACCGUAGGUGUGAGUGUGACAGUGAAUGGUUGUUUGUCUCUAUGUGUCCCUGCGAUGGACUGGUGAUCUGUCCAUCUGUCCUUUUGACCUGUCAACUGAGAUUGGAGACUCAUGUGGAGGAUAAAGCAGUAGAGGAUGGAUGUAUAAAGACACAAGAGAAUAUGUUCUAUGUUGGUUAUGCUUGAGAGAUGCUGCAUUUCUAAAUGGUUAAUAGUAAACCUGCACUAUUGAUGGUUUGUCUCUUCCAUCCCUGUCGUCUUUAACUGCACAGAACUGAUGUGAGAUUAAAUCCUACGUGCAGUGAGUCUUUUUCAGUGUUUUAUUUUUUUAAAACCGUUUUAUAUUUUACUGGUAGUAUUAUUUUCCCGUUAUUUCAUUGCAAACCUAACGUGUCAUUUCUCCCCUCAAGUGUCAUGAGUGCGUUAAGCAUUGCCCAAAAAACAUCUAUUGUGCUCCAGCUUGUUUUUGUUGCGGUUACGGUGCAGGGUUUUAAAGAUGGUCAUUUAAAUUGUUAUCAUUCCUCUUUGAGAUAUUUGCCUAUAUGGAUGUAUGUUUUCCGUUCUGUGUGUGUGUGUGUGUGUGUGUGUGUGAGUGAGUGCAUGGUAGUUGUAAUGAUUUUGUUACAGUGGGGGUUGAAGUCACAUUCUUAAUGUACUGUCUGUAGGUUUUUAACAAUAAAGGCCUUUUAUCGCCUCCA